UCCAAUGAGGUGACGCCGCGUUCCGGGCCCGACCGCUGAGAGCGAGCCGGUGAUAAGGGGAAGUAAAAAACUAUCAAGCGUGAACAACAAAGAGGCUCUGAAUCAAGGUUGAAGCAAGAAAAGUAACCUGAGAGUCCGCGCAGUCCGCUGGCCCCUUUCACACUUUGAUUUGUGCCGCCUGGGGAAAGCUCAUCAUGGGGGGGAGGAAGCUGGCCCUGUUUGCUCUCUGCGGCCUUGUUCUGGCAAUGUUGCCUUCUCACACAGUGACUGUAGCUGUCAUGUCAGUGGACCUGGGCAGUGAGUGGAUGAAAAUAGCGAUAGUGAAACCCGGCGUGCCGAUGGAGAUUGUUCUCAACAAGGAGUCGAGGAGGAAAACACCAACGGUCGUAUGCCUCAAAGAAAAUGAGAGACUUUUUGGAGACAGUGCUCUCGGAGUGUCUGUGAAGAACCCCAAAACUGUUUAUAGGCAUCUUCAAAGCCUUCUUGGCAAAAAGCGCAAUAACCACCAGGUGGCGCUCUACGAGAAAUGGUUUCCUGAGCACCAGCUGCAGGAGGACCCAGUGAGAGGCACCGUUUACUUUAAAAACUCAGAAGAAAUGCAGUACACACCUGAGGAGCUCCUGGGAAUGGUGCUCAAUUACUCCCGUGGGCUGGCUCAAGACUUUGCAGAACAACCAAUCAAGGACGCAGUGAUCACCGUCCCAGCCUUUUUCAACCAGGCAGAGCGCAGGGCAGUCCUGCAGGCUGCACAGAUGACAGGUCUAAAGGUCCUUCAGCUCAUCAAUGACAACACGGCUGUGGCCUUGAACUACGGGGUCUUCAGGAGGAAAGAUAUCGAUAGCACAGCUAAGAAUGUGAUGUUUUAUGAUAUGGGCUCGGGCAGCACCACCGCCACCAUCGUCACAUAUCAGACAGUCAAAUCCAAGGAUUCUGGCACCCAGCCCCAGUUACAGAUCCGAGGCGUCGGGUUUGACCGUGGGUUGGGGGGCUUUGAGAUGGACCUGCGUCUCCGGGACCACCUGGCCAAACUGUUCAAUGAGCAGAAGAAGAGCAAGAAAGACGUGAGGGAGAACCACCGGGCCAUGGCCAAACUCCUCAAAGAGGCUCAGAGGCUCAAGACGGUGCUCAGUGCAAACGCAGACUUCAUGGCCCAGGUGGAAGGUUUGAUGGAUGACAUUGACUUCAAAGCUAAAGUGACGAGGGCUGAGUUUGAAGAGCUGUGUGCUGAUCUUUUUGAGAGAGUGCCCCUCCCGGUGCAGGACGCCCUCACCACUGCAGAGAUGAAGCUGGAUGAAAUUGAGCAGGUGAUUUUAGUUGGCGGCUCCACCCGGGUCCCCAAGGUUCAGGAAGUGCUUCUGAAAGCUGUAGGGAAAGAGGAGCUGGGGAAGAACAUCAAUGCAGAUGAGGCAGCAGCCAUGGGCGCUGUCUACCAGGCCGCUGCCCUCAGCAAAGCCUUCAAGGUCAAACCUUUCCUGGUCCGAGACGCAGCUGUCUUCCCCAUCCAGGUGGAGUUCACCCGUGAGACGGAGGAGGAGGAGGGGAUCAAAACCCUGAAACACAACAAACGUAUCCUCUUCCAGAGGAUGGCGCCCUACCCCCAGCGCAAGGUCAUCACGUUCAACCGCUACAACAGCGACUUUACUUUUGACAUCAACUACGGCGACCUCAGCUUCCUGAAACCGGAUGAUCUCAGUGUGUUUGGCUCUCUGAACCUGACCACGGUCAGACUGUCUGGAGUGGGCAGCAGCUUUCAGAAGCACACCGACGCCGAGUCAAAAGGCAUCAAAGCCCAUUUCAACAUGGACGAAAGUGGAGUGCUCCUGCUGGAUCGGGUGGAAUCUGUCUUUGAGACAAUUGUGGAGGAGAAAGAAGAGGAAUCGACAUUAACUAAACUGGGUAACACAAUAUCCACCUUGUUUGGAGGAGGAUCCUCAGAACCUGCCCCAAAUGUAACUGAACCUGUCCAGGACGAGGAGGAAGUGCCCCCAGAGUCCGGAAAAGAUGACAAGGAGGAGGCUCCGAAGGAGGAAGCUGCCCAGGAGAAGCAGGAGGAUUCAGAGAAAAGUGCAGGUGAAGAGAAAAGCCAGGAGAAGACAGAGGAAGCAGGAAGCAAGACUGAUGCCAAAGAGGAAAAGGACGGAGAGAAAUCUGGAAAUGCUGAGGCAGAGAAGGACGUGGAGAAGAAGGCAAAACCCCAGAAGAAGACCAAGAUCUCUGAAGACAUCACGGUGGAGCUGGUCAUCAACGACGUCUUCGAUCCAACUGCAGACGACGUUGCUUCCUCUCAAAAGAAGCUGCAAGAUCUGACCGACAGAGACCUGGCCAAACACGAGAGGGAAAAGACACUCAACAGUCUGGAAGCUUUUAUCUUUGAGACUCAGGACAAGCUGUACCAGGAGGAUUACCAGCAGGUGGUGUCGGAGGAGGAGAAGGAGCAGAUCUCUGCCAAGCUGACCGAGGCGUCGGAGUGGAUGGACGAGGACGGUUACACGGCCACCACCAAGCAGCUCAGAGAGAAGCUCUCCCAGCUGAAGAGCCUGUGCAAGGACAUGUUUUUCAGGGUGGAGGAGCGACGCAAGUGGCCGGACCGCCUGGCCGCUCUGGAGAGCAUGCUCAACACCUCCAGCUUCUUCCUCCGGAGCGCCAAGCUGAUUCCAGAGGACGACCAGAUCUUCACUGAAGUUGAGCUGAACACGUUAGAAAAAGUCAUCAAUGAAACGACGACGUGGAAGAACGAAACGGUAGCAGAGCAGGAGAAACGCUCGCCAAAAGAGCGGCCCAUCCUGCUGUCCAAAGACAUCGAGUCCAGGCUGGCCCUGCUGGACCGAGAGGUCAACUACCUGCUCAACAAGGCCAAGUUCGCCAAGCCGAAGGCUAAACCCAAGGCCAAGAACAGCACCAGCUCAGAGAAAAGCAGCAAGGCCAACAACACAGCCGAGGAGAAAGUCACCCCCCCCACAGAGGAGAGCACGGACACAAAGAGCGAAAGCCCAGAGGAGGUGCAGCCGGGCGACGCCCCGCCCACCGAGGAGAACGCUGCACACACAGACUCAGACAGCCAAUCACAGCCCACAGAAGAAACGACAACCACAGGACCAGUGGAGAACGCCCAACCUGAAAACCACAUAGAUGAUGAAUUAUAACAUCUGGAACUGGAAAAGAAAAUCACUAUAUUUAUUGACAGUGUAUAAAUGUUCAAGUUCCUUCGCGCUUUGUUUUUUGUUUCCGUUUGGGGUUUUCUUCUUCUUUUUUUUUCCCCCCUUUCUUUUUGUUUUAUUUGGUUUUCGUGCCCCGUUUGUUGAACUGCCGGAAGCUGAUUGGAUGAGGAUCGGGGAGACUGCCCAUCCUGUUCCCUGUUCACCUCUUCUGUCCUUCAUGGAUUCCAUAAGCAGUGGACACCCAAACACCACGAGGAGCCGGUUCAACGAAAAAGAAAGACCAUCUGCGCCGUGAGGGAGGCACACUCCAGACAAAACACCUCCAGAUCGCAUCCAACAGAAUGAUCUCAUCAGCACUGGUAUGGACGGAGAUGUAAGCUGUGCGUGGCCACGGUGAAAUAACUGUGGACAUGUGAUGAGGAUGAGUGCCGUUACAACUUUUCACUUCCUGCUUUGUCCCUGCCGCGGCGUGUUGUUUGGAGGUUAGUAUUUGCCCUCUGCUUUACUCACAUUACAAAGUGCACUGGAGAUUUUUUUUUUUUUUUUUUUUUUUUGGUCCUCCAACCCCCAGAAAUGUAUUUUGCCAUAUAAACUGUAGGGAAAUUUAUAGACAACAGACAAAAAGUGGAAGCAAAUCCCAUAUAAACAUAGUAUAUUUCAAACUGUAUUGUAAGUAGAGUCAGCUGGUUUCAAAGGAAAUCACCUUUAAUGUGGGGAAUCCUAACUACUGAUGGGGCUGCAGGGUACAGUAUGGGACGUCAUGCUAUAAUUACUGACUGGGCUUUUAGAAGCAGCUGCUCAGAAGUGGCUGUGAAAUCACAGACUAAAUUCUACUAAAACACGAAGGGUGGAGAAAGAGGGCUGAAGCGGAGCUGCUGAGGGUGUGAGUCACUGACAUUUUCAUUUUUGUAGUUUGCUUACUUGAUGGAAGAAAUGAUGGUGAAUGUUCAAUAUGGCACAGCCCCUGAAGUUCGUAUUCACUCCCGGCAUUUAGAGGUGUUUUUUUUUUUAUUUUCUAAUUAUUGACUGAAUAGAAUCAAGAUUACCUCAACAAAAAAAAAAUGGCAGCACAGGUUUGGGUCCAUCACAGAGCAGUUAGUGCUGGUGGUUGACUGCUCGGGUGCUCCUGUGCACACACUCUGAGAACUCACUGUAAAUCUGAGUUGCCAAAUAGGGAUGAUGUAAAAAUCGAAACGGCGUCUCCACAUACUCGCUCGCCAUCGUUCUGAUCCACUCAAGACCAAUUAAAGUGACCGAUGAAUUCAGUUUCCAGAUGCUAAUACAAACCUUUGAGAAGUGUUUGGGUGACAGGGGAUAAAACUCCACGUUUUCAAAGUCCCGUGAGCUGCUGAUCGUCGGAGAAGAGGCUGUGUUUUAGUGUUGUUGCUGUUCUUUACCUCAGCACGUCCUGUGGUGCAGAUUCAUGCUCAGACGUUGGCUCUAUAUUUUUUUUUUUUUUUUUUUUUCAGAACGGGGGCGGGGGAUGGUUUGUGGGAUUGGAUCAGAAGUUUGGGUCAGUUGUGUGCUUCUCUGUUUCUCAGCACUUUGGAUUAUUUCAAGGGAGAACUGAAAAAAAUAAAAAAUAAAACAAAACAAAACAAAGAAAGCCAGGAAUGGAAGACGCAAACAAUGUUGUGUUU